AUGGUGCGCAAAGCACGCGCGCCUCAUAUUUCGCUGGAAGCACAGCUACAGCAGCUGACGCUUCUGAGUGAUAUCGAUACUCCUACAGACAAUUAUGAGCAGCUCGGUCCUAUCAUAAAAAACUUGGACGAGUCACAUCAACAAGACGAGUUUCUCAAGCAGCUGCGUGAAUUUGUGCAUAAGAAGGACGAAGAAAUCGAGCAAGUGUGUAACGAAAACCAUCAAGAAUUUGUAUCUGCUGUGGACGAGCUUUUGAUUGUGCGUUCUGGAACUGUGAAUUUAAAGCAACGCAUCAAUGAACUGAAUCAAGAGAUUCAGGCGAGUGGCCAAGCCUUGUUUUCAAAAAAGAAGGACCUUAUUGACAAGCAACGCACUGUUCAGAAUGUGGAUGAGGCUAUUGAAACGCUCCAAGAAUUUCAAACCGUGCUGGACGUGACCAUAUUGGUUGAGGAACUUAUUUCGCAGCAAAAGUACUAUUCGGCUCUUCGUCGUCUGGACGAAAUCGCUAAUAUCCAUUUGAAACCUAUCAUGCAACAUGAGCUUGCCAAAUUGAUAAGAGACAACAUUCCGCACAUGCGUGAGCGCAUUCGUAUGGAAGUUCUGAAGCAGCUUAAAGGAUGGAUGCUUGAUGUACGGGAGAAAAGCGCAAUUGUCGGACGUAUUGCUCUUGAAACAAUGGAGGCACGACAACAAAGGUGGCUUUAUCGAAGCAGGAAGGACCCAAUGUUCCGUCUAUCAUCUAUCAACAGCCCAAUUGAACAGAUUGUGAAUGAGCGUAUUGAGGUAAACUACCUGGAAAAUGACAGAGUAAAGAUUGAUUUCAAACCGCUGUACCAGUGCAUUCAUAUCUACGAAGUUCUGGAUCAGCGCGAAAAGCUACAAGCAAACUACCAGGAAGACCGAAAAGCCCAAGCCAACCUGUUGCUUUCUCGCAGUUUAAACAUGGCGGAAAGAAGUAGCGAUCUUAUUUCGCUGCUAGAAGAAUUGGUUGGCUAUUUUGUUAUUGAGUGUCACGUUUCCUACACAUCUCCUCCUGGAUUUCGACCUAUGAGUGAAGUGGAAGAUGUAUGGGAUUCGAUGAGCGAGCGCGUUGUUGACAUGAUUACUUUCAGCCUACGUGACACGAAAAACGCCAAGGUAUUUGUGGAGGCGAAGACGGCCAUUCAUACGUUUAUUCGCACGCUUGAAAGCUUUGAAUUUAGUGUAUCCCGACUGAAUGCACUUGUUUUAUCCUUUUUCCGUCGGUUUGCCCAACUGCUUCGCGAGCGGUUUGCGGCGGAUUUCCAACAGGCUAUUCGUGAAGCUCAACAUCAGCCUAUGAUCGUUAAUGAUGCCACCGAACUGGCUAAGGUUCUCAGUGUAUGUUGGCUUAAACCUGGCGAAGCUGAGCAAUUGGGUAAGCAGCCCUUCCCUCUAUCAUUACCAUUCUCUCAAACGUAUCCGUUGUGCUGCAUGGAUAUUCGCAGUCUUGUUGAACAAUAUUACAGCUUUUCCCAAGGUAUGACGCAGUACCACCAGGAGAUUGAUGCUAUUUUGUCUCAGUCUUUAGAUGAUCUACUAAUCCAGCUCAUCAGCGUCAACAUUCGUGAUACGGUGGAGCAGUCGAAUAAUCUAAGUCAAAUUGCUCAGAUCAUUGUAAACAUUGAGCAUUUCCAACUGGCUUGCUCUGAACUUGAAAAAUGGCUAAGCGAAUCAAGCACUCCAAACCCAGGAAGCCAGCUUAUUUUGGGGGCAGCUGAGCACCUAUCUACGACUAUGUCUAUUGCUCAAAAACGAAUUGAUUCGGCUAUGUUUGUAAAAUUGGAUCAGUUCCUAGAUCUUUUGGAGUAUGACUGGAUGCCAGUCCAAAACGUAUCAUCACAACAUCAAGCAUCAGGUUACCUCCGUGAUCUGGUCGAUUGGCUUUCGACCAUGAUGGACAGUGCGCUUGUCCUACUUCCGAAAACUGUUAAAGAUACUAUACUGACAUCCUGCUUUAUGCAUAUCUCUAAUCGACUUUUGAACUCCGCCCUCUUGGAUCGACAUGUGCGGAUGAUCAACCUAGCUGCGCUUUGCGAGCUCGAAUCUGAUGUUACUUUUCUUUACCAGUACGGUAAAUCACUCCAUGUGCCGGAUAUUGAAAAUGUAUUUGGACAAAUUCGCCAGACUCUUGGUGUAAUUUUAUCAGAGUCCGUGUCAGAAUACGCCUUAUCUCAGCAGGCUCGCACUCAAAAGUUCCCGCAGGUUCAGCCUGUCAAAGUUGCCGCUAUUUUGGACAAACUUUGCCAAGGAUAUGCUCAUUUAGGUAUGCCAGAACUCUCUCUCAAGUGCAAGCGAGAGUAUGAGCUUGUGAUGCGUCUAAACUUGUAG